GGGAGACGCGCGCAGUGGUUUCCGCACAGGACAAAAUGUCUGCGAGGAUCCUGGAGGCUACCGGGCGAUCCCAGACUUCCAGCCCGCCUUCCGCUCCCGCCACGCUUCGGGGGUGAUGGGGCUCCCUUGGUUUUGCUGGUUAUCAGUUCUGGGUGCCCCCAGGCUGUUAACAGUUUUAGCAGUAUCUGUACUCAGCUCAUCACCCUUGUCUGCUUUCUUGAUUCAUUACAUCCUUGCCUGACAUGAGUGACUCCAUCUUGCUCUCUAUGUAUGUACAGACCCUGCCAUAUAUGUAGUCUACCUAAAUGUGUCCACAGAUGUGCAUGCUUUCUCAGUACCUUUUUCCUCUUUUGUGUUGGAUGCUUCCCUUUCUCCUUUCACACUAGCUGCCACACCCUCAACCGUCCCUCAACCAACCGUGUAUCUCCUUAUUUUUCUUCAGAUACAUAUAAAAUCUUAAUAUAUCCUACACAGAUCUAUAUAUUAUUUAAUAAUAAUGACAUAUUAUACAUACUUCAUCUGACUUUUCUCCCUGUAGAAUUCCUCCAGAAAUCCCUCUAGAUCAUCUAGCAGAGUUCCAAUCCAUGCUUUGAAUGGCUGUACAAAAUUCCCUGGUGUGAACACAUUAUUUACCCAGCUAUUCUCUGACAGUUGUUCCCAUGUUUCCAGUUUUUUGACAUCCCAGAUAAUACUGUAGUAAAUAUCCUAAUACAUUACUUUACGUAUUAGUACUUUUAGUUCUACAGAAUAGAUUCCCAGGAGUGGAUCCCUGAUUAUAUUUAUUUUUAAUUAAUAGAAAUUGCCAGAUUGCUUUCCUAAAAGCCUUCACAUCUCCACUAGUAACGUAUGAACGUAUCCUUUUCUUUGCCUCCCUUCUAGCUUUGGCUGACAGACCUCUUCAUUUUUGUUAGUGCGACAGAUCUGAGACCUUAUUGUUACUUUAAUAGCACUUCCCUGAAUAGAAGUGAUGUGUAUCUUUUCACAUAUUUCUUGGCCAUCUAAUUUUGUUCUUAGGUCAUUUGCCUAUUCAUAUUUCUUGCCCAUUUUUUAUUGGGUUAUUUGUCUUUUUCUUGACAGUUUGUUAGAGCUCUUUGUGUAUUAGGGUUGUGACUGAAGAUGCUAACUAAGGCUUCUCUUCCAAGCCAAGAUGGUUGGCUAGGAGGCUUCCCUCCCUCUGCACUGUAGGAAAAGUCGAAACAAGCUGAGGGGUUGUUUAGCAGAACUAGGAAGGCUGUUAUGACUUGUGGCCACAGACUGCUGGUCACCGUUUAGAUACUUAGUCUGAACAGAAGACUGUAUUGAACCAGAAUGUAGCCGUAUGCGGAGGACUGAGAAGGUGAGGCAGUUCAGUACUGUGCUGCCUUCCACCGGUUAAGACCUCCGAGAGCGAAGGCCUGCCAAGGCAGAGGAUGUCCCUCUGCUGCCCUUGGAGGGGCAGCGCUGUGCUGGCCGACAUUUGUAGUGCUGCUUGUCCAUGGCUCAGAUGAGGCAGUCCACUAAGUCUAAGUCCACUAAGUCUUAAUUCUGAUUAAGACAUCAGAAUCAGUGCUUCUCACUCUUUUUUUCCACCUUCACUCUUGUAACAGAUGGCAUUCAUGUAUGUGGCACUCCUCUGGGCAUCCCAGAUUUUGAAGAAACCCAGAGACAUCUUGCAGGGAGCACUGCUGAUGGUUCUUCAGAACUCAGGAUUCCUGCUCAGUGUGUCCACCUGAGAACUUACAUUGGCUGGAAACCAUCAGGCAAUGACAGGGACCCCCCCAAGGCCGACAGGACAUGGCCUAAUACCUAAUUUAAAGACGCCGCCGCGGAGAGAAUGAGGAGUGACGAGCCGACGACGCCCAUGGAAGACAGCGGCGCGCCAGACGACGCUACGGCGCAGGGCGGCCCGUGUCCCGGCCUGGCCCCGGCCCCUCCCGGCCGCCUGGGGGCGCCCUACUGCGAGGCCUGGGGCUACUUUCACCUGGCCCCCGCGCGCCCGGGCCACGCGGCGGGCCAGUGGGCCACCUGCCGGCUGUGCGGGGAGCAGGUGAGCCGCGGCGGCGACUGGGCGCGCCUGCUGGAGCAGAUGGGCGCGCUGGCCGUGCGCUGCAGCCUGCGCGAGCGCGAGCUGGCGCGGCGCGAGGCGGCGGUGGAGCAGGGCGAGCGCGCCCUGGAGCUGAGGCGCAGGGCCCUGCAGGAGGAGGAGCGCGCGGCGGCCCAGGCGCGGCGGGAGCUGCAGGCCGAGAGGGAGGCGCUGCAGGGGCGGCUGCGGGAAGUGAGCCGCCGCGAAGGCGCCCUGGCCUUGGCCUCUACUCCGCUGCAGACUCCGCUCAAAGAAGAGCCCUUGGGGGAGAGGGACGGCUACAUAAUUACCAAGGUCCUGUAGGUCUGGGCCGCUUUCCACUCCCAACCCCUCCCGUGCCAGCGCUACUCCAAGAGUGGUCCACGGAUCAGCCUCACCUGGGAGCUGAAUCUCAGGCCCACCAAGAUCUCCAAAUGUGGACCCUUGAGAAGCACUUAGGAAACCAGAGUAGAACCAAAAAUCACUUAACGCUCUGUGCCCCGCCACGCCCCGGGAUGCCUGGGAGCACUAGCUCCAGGGGCCUCCUUUGCUGUUGGGCUUCGGUGCAAGGAGGUGGUUUUCCUGCAACUCGUUUCGGAAGGACAGCUCCGUCCUAUAUUACCCGGAGUCCUGUAACUUCCAUACGUACUAAAGACUGCCACACCACGUGGCUGCACACCCGCCAGGGCAACCCAGGGUGGAGGGAGCACGGAAAUGAGGAUCGAGCGUUUUAUCCAAGGAGAGUUUUAUUCGUUUCCUCAUGAAUAAAUCUUUGGCAAGUUGGUUUUGCCAGGCACGAGGUUCUGAAAAGGGGGCCAUUUAGCCUCCACAACUGUUCUUUACCCUGUCAUCCUAGUGCCUCAUCAGAGCAAUCUGGGAGAACCCCUGUUUGCUCCCCAGCUUGAAGAGAGCGCACCCCAGCUGUUCCCUUUCCGUUGAAGACCCAGUGGCAGCUGUGGUGCGUUUGUGCCUUGCGCUUCCUUACUAGCAAAACAUGAGCUCCUCCCUCCUUAGGAAGGGAGCUUGGUUCCCCACAAAACAGUCCUCACUUCUGGGCCACAAGAGAAGACCUCUCUCCCAUCUGAGGUCACCUUUACUUCUUCCCGUUUGCCUCCAUUCCUCUUCCACCUUUACUGGACCUUUGCUCCAUUACCGUUUCUCCUUUCCUCUGACUCAUUCCCUCUCUUCCCCAGACUACUCUGGUUCCUCAGCAACAAGUCUCCCCUUGUACUAAAAAGAAAGAUUUGCCCAGCUUGACUGUCCCCAGCUUAACACUACCCAAGAGGAGUCCAGUUACCCUUGCUGCCUGUAUUUCCUCCCCAUACUUAAGUCCUUUCCUGGAGGUCAGCUUCCCAUUCUACACUGGACCCGUAAGCUGAAUAUAAUUUGUUUUCAGCCUUCAUCUUGCUAGUAAAAUGAACACCCACGUAUACCCUCCACCUAGACUGAACACUUAACAUAUUGCCUUAUUUUCUCUGCCCUCUAUCCCAAACAUACAUGGCAUUUCAUCCCGAAGUAUUUCAGUCUAUAUAUCCUAAUAGCCUCUAAUACAGAGUCCUUAAU